AUGUUCAGAUUAGCCCGUGCCCAAACUGCUCUAGCGAACAAAGCUUCUGUUUCCAGAAGCUUUUUGAGAUUAAACUCUUCUUUCGCUAUCCCAGAAACUCAAAAGGGUGUUAUCUUCUACGAAAAUGGUGGUAAGUUGGAAUACAAGGAUUUGCCAGUUCCAAAGCCAAAGGCUAACGAAAUUUUGAUUAACGUUAAGUACUCCGGUGUUUGUCACACCGAUUUGCACGCCUGGAAGGGUGACUGGCCAUUGCCAGUUAAAUUGCCAUUAGUCGGUGGUCACGAAGGUGCUGGUAUCGUUGUUGCCAAGGGUGAAAACGUUAAGAACUUCGAAAUUGGUGAUUACGCUGGUAUCAAGUGGUUGAACGGUUCUUGUAUGUCUUGUGAAUUGUGUGAACAAGGUUACGAAUCUAACUGUUUGCAAGCUGACUUGUCUGGUUACACCCAUGACGGUUCUUUCCAACAAUACGCUACCGCUGAUGCCGUUCAAGCUGCUCAAAUUCCAAAGGGUACCGAUUUGGCUGAAAUCGCCCCAAUCUUGUGUGCCGGUGUUACCGUUUACAAGGCUUUGAAGACCGCUGACUUGAAACCAGGCCAAUGGGUUGCUAUCUCCGGUGCUGCCGGUGGUUUAGGUUCCCUUGCUGUGCAAUACGCCAAGGCCAUGGGUUUGAGAGUCCUAGGUAUUGACGGUGGUGAUGGUAAGGAAGAAUUGUUCAAGCAAUGUGGUGGUGAAGUCUUCAUCGACUUCAGAAAGUCUAAGGACAUGGUCGCCGAUAUCCAAGAAGCUACCAACGGUGGUCCUCACGGUGUCAUUAACGUCUCCGUCUCCGAGGCUGCUAUCUCCAUGUCUACCGAAUACGUUAGACCAACCGGUGUUGUUGUCUUGGUCGGUUUGCCAGCUGACGCUUACGUCAAGUCCGAAGUCUUCUCCCACGUCGUUAAGUCCAUCUCCAUCAAGGGUUCUUACGUCGGUAACAGAGCUGACACCAGAGAAGCCACCGACUUCUUCACCAGAGGUUUGGUCAAGUCUCCAAUCAAGAUCAUCGGUCUAUCUGAAUUGCCAGAAGCUUAUGAACUAAUGGAACAAGGUAAGAUCUUGGGUAGAUUCGUCGUUGACACUUACAAAUAA